AUGGACCGCCCGUCCCUCUCCCCGCCUCGUCGCACACACCGCAAGCGCUUCUCCGUCGUCCGCCUCUCCUCAGACACGACCGCCACCCUUCCUGAGUACUCCUCCACCCCCUGGCAGCGCCCCUCUCUCGCCCUCCCCCUCUCCGACGAUCUCCCAUCCGACCGUCCCCCAGACUACCCCGAGAGCGCAGACGAAGCGGACGCCGAGUCCGACGACUCCAUCGCCCCCCGCCUCCCCUCCGCCUCGCCGAUCCGCUCGCGCACGCGGCAGCACUACACGCCCCGCCGGCGCGCGCCCGAGGCCUCCACCUCGGACCUGUACCUCGACUCGCUCCUCGAACGCAGCGUGCACGCGCUCGAGAUGUCCAACACGCUCCUGCAGUCGUCCAUGUCGACGCAGACGAGCCUCUCCGCGCUCCUCUCGUCCGACGACGCGGCCGAUCGGUCGCUCGAGGCGCGCGCGCGCGGCCUGUCGCGGCGCAUGCGCAACAGCGGCAUGCACCGCGAGCACUGGAUAGACGACCUGCACGAGAUCAGCAGGGGCGUCGACGGCCUCGUGGGCGAGGGCGGCGACGGGGGUGACGAGGACGUGGUGAGCAGGAGCCUGCCGACGGCGGGGCCCCGCGUGCGGCUGCGCCACCCCGCCUACCGGUCGUCGACGGACCUGCAUGGGCCAGACAUGGCCAUCGACGAGUCGCAGCUGCGUCUGUCGCAGUGGGAUCGCAGUCGGCUCGUCGCUCGGGCACCGCGGGCGCUGACGCAGUACAUCGAGUCGGGCGCGGAUCCCGACGUGAUCCAGCUGCCCUCGACCCUCGGCCUGCGCGCCUCGGCCUCGGCCCACCCGCACGAUCGUCUCUCCUCUUCGACCUCCGACUUGCCUUCCCCGGCCCACUUUCCGGCGUCGGCGUCCGCACCCACGCUCACCGACCGGGGAUCCGAGCCGUCGACGCCGGCGUACACGAUGCUCUCGUCCUUCCUGUCCCGGCGAUCCUCCGCAGGAUCCUCGUCGCGCUCGCGGUCCGUCAGCACACAGCGUACCGCAUCGGCCGACCUCCGCUCGCCGCACCUCUCGCCCGAGCGCCGCCGCCGCGCGACCACCCACUCGCGUUCCCCCACGCCGAAACGCUCCGCCUCGCCGCCGACCCACGCCCACUUCCCCCGCCCGAUGACGCCGCCCCUCGAGGAGCUCUCCGCCUCGUCCGGCAACUCCUCCGACCCGCACCCGAACCCCGUCCUGUCCCUCCAGGCCCUCCGCAGGAUCCUCGACGAACAGCCCCCGUCCGCGGACCCCAAGGGCAAGGCCCGCGCAGCCCCCGAGCCCCCUCCCCCGAAGAAACGCGCCCCCGCCUUCCUCCCACGCACCCCUGCCCCUAUCGCCGUCGCCAGCACGUCCACCGCGACGGCCAGCAUCUCGCGCCUCUUCACCAAGGCCUCCCACUCGGCCUCCACCCGCGCGCCCUCGCCCCCGCGCGCCUCUGCGCUCAAGGGCAGCACCCCGCGCACCCCGCUCUCGCCCACCGCCCCCGCCGGCCCCUCUGCCGCGACGUCCGCGUCUGCGAGCGGCGCGUCGACCCCAAAACGCAUCUCGUUUGCAGAGCUGCCCGAGUCGUACGCGGGCGCGCGGGGCGGCGCCGGCUCUGGGCGCGGGUUCCACGCCAAGGGCAAGGGCAAGGGCAAGGGCAGCGACACCGCGAAGCGGAAGGGCGCGGAUGGCGACACCAGCGAGGGCGGCGAGGGCGGGUGGUGGGUCGGGUGGCUGUUGGGCGCGGCUGGGACGCGGAGCGGGACCGGCAUGAGCAUGAGCGGCGGCAGGCCCGAGGAGCGCGUCGAGGCGCGCAUGGCGAGGAGCUGGAGCGGGAGGGCGGGGCUCGCGGGCGGGAUGGAGGACUGGGCUGUCUGAUGCUUCAGGUCCCUGACGUCUCGCUAUCUUUAUCUAUCUAUCCACGCACCUAGCUAGCUAGCUACAUGCACCCUUCAUUCAUCCGUUUUCUUCUUCUUCUUCUGUGCUGAUUACCUGAUACAACUGACGACUUCGCCGCACAUGCUUGCUUGCAUGCAUGCAUACAUUCACAUCCCCACCCACCGUCGUUCUUACACAGUCUCCCCCUCCCGGCUUUAUCUCCGCUAUUUCCGAGUUGCAGCCAUAUUUAACUCUCCCGCCGUCGCUGAUCUAUACCCCCGCAUGAACUGUAACGACCUGUCACGACACGCUGGUAGUACAUAAGCCCGUCUGUCGCGCGUCCUCGCCGAUCCUU